GCCGGAUUCACAGCAUUUCAAGAGACUGUCUUCAAUUUGGUGGACAAAAUCUAACGGUAAAGAAAGCAUUGACAAGAAUUAUAUCUUGAAGUGUGAUGUCUACAGACAAUCGCGAUGGAAGGUGGAACUGGAGUCUACUACCAAGCAAUGCCUGCAGUGGGACCGGAUGGGAAAAAUGUCAUGAAGUUGAUCCCUGUCCACAAAGUGAACGGACAGUUUUUCCAGACACCUUUCAUUGCAGAAAGGGACAAUGUUGAUAUACAGCUAAAAGUCCUAACAAAGCCUGGUCAUCCAUCCCCAGCCCCUUCAUCUCAGCCACAGACUAGACUCACCUCCGUUCAGCCUAUAGCAGAUGGACAGUAUGUCUUUACGCCGCCAGAGGUCAGCAAUUUAUUUAACUCCCAAAAAGUUCAAAACAGUGGAAUUAAUGAGUUAUCCAAACUCACUCCUAAGCAAGUGCUUGUUCCUCUUGCAGUGCACACCGUUUCUCAGUGUGCAGUACAGUUACCCCCUCAAACCAAUGGACAGACCAUGGCAGUUGUCCAAAAGCUGCCGGUUACCGUAAAUUCACCUGUUCUUCCAAAUGGUCAUUGCCUUCAGAUCCCUCCAAAUGCGAAAGUUAGGACUCUCCCAGCCUCUGCACUCCCACCUUCCAUCAAAAGCCGGAUAAUGAAGUCUGUAAAUAACAUCUCUAACAAUGAGAAGGGUCCACAGACUGUUGUGUUAGUGUCCCCUGUGAACUCUGUGAAGAUCAAUUCUGACCAACAAGUGUUGUUGGCAAACCCAAUUCAAAUACAGAAGGCCUUGUCUCAGAAUCAGCCUGCAAACUUUGGAACAAACCCACCUGUUUGUUCCCUAUCCAAUAAAAAACCAAGUGACAAUUUGAAUGCUCCAAUUAAAUGGGUAGUUCAGGAGGGGACGGGUGCAUUUGCUCCUUGUCUUGUACCUGUAUCAUCAACACAUGUGAACUCCGACUCCAUAGAAGGAGUCAAGCAUGUAGAGUCAGUCACCACGACAAGUGAAAUCUUGGCAAGCAAAGCCACGCCUGCUGAAAUCAGCCAAGAAACGAUCAACCCAGGCAAGGACAAUGCCCUUGUCAUGUGCAAUGGGAAGGUGUACUUUGUGGCCAAAAAAAAUUCGGAGAUCGCAAGGGAUGUGAUGGUCAGUGAAGGUGGGAAAAAGGGGUUUAUCAGCACCUCUCCUGCUCUUCCCUCCAGCUCUGCUCUGGCAUUAGAAUCUUCUAAGGUAACUAAAGAGCAGAACUUAAAAAUAAAUGUAAACAGUGGUACUCCAAGUGAAAUCAUUGAUCUCUGUGAUGAUGACGAGGAGAGUUCCACAUGCCUGGGAGGUUCCCCCGGCAAUUUGCCCACACCAAGUCAAACAGAGGUGGACGAGAGUGAUGAAGACUCUAAUGUAAUAUUUGUAUCAUAUAUUCCACCAAAGUCAGAGACUCACGCUGGUGAGGAGGAGACAAAUUCAGAAUCUUGGAACAAAAGGAAAGGAUUAGCACACACAGAGAUGGUAAUGUCUGAAAAAUCCACCUCUCAGAAUGAAAGGGAAGAAACGGCACACGCAGGGAUAGAAAUAAGCAAAAAAUCUGCCUCUCAGAACAAAAGGGAAGAAACAGCACGCACAAAGAUGGAAACUGGCACAAAAUCUGCCUCUCUGAGGGAAAAGGUUAAAACGGCACAUGCAGAAAUGGAAAAAGAUGGAGAUCAGGAAAAUCCUGCUGCUAUGGAUGGUUAUGACAAGAUGGGUGUGGAUGAGAAGGCCAAUGAAUCUGAAAUGGCAGAGAAGAACUUGAGUUUUCUGUCUGAAAAUGAGGAUAUGCAGCAUAAAGAAGUGGAGAGUGUAAGUCCAUCAACCACUUUGUUGGCAGAGUCAAAAUGCCAAGAUGAUGCAGCCGUUGGUGAAACUUUCAGCAGUGGACAUCUCCAUAAUGUUUGCACUCAAGCAACUGAUUUAAAGUCCUUGGUAAAUCCAGCCCCUGAUCAAGAGAGUCAACACAAGAGCGACCUUAAGCUAAGACGAGAAUUUGGCAUCACCUCUGACUUACAAAUUUGUAUGCAAAGAAUAAGUACAACUGCAAAGCCAGAUCUACAACCAGAAAAAAUUGUAGUAAACAAGAUCACAUUAGGCGGCCUUCGCAAAUUGAUCCAAGAGUCACAGCUACAGUCAAAAAUCCAGCAGAUGAUUCAGGAGCCCCAAACAAAGAUUGAGGAGGAUAGAGGCAUGACCGAAAUCGAAAGAAAGAAGCUGGAGCAAAAUGGAAAGGAUGCACAUCAAGAUGUUCCCUCACUCAGCACCAUAAACAUUUCAUCUGACUCUAAAUGCAAAGGCAAAAAGUCACUAAAUAUUUCAGUUUCUUCAAUUGAAAACAGUUUGGUUUCGCAGACAUUUGAAGUUUGUUCAUCCAGUCAAAAUUCUGGAGAAGUAGCAGAAUCUACAGCCAAUAAGGUUCAAAUGCAAUAUGAAAUUCCAGGAGAUAUUACUUGUAGCACACAUUGUGAUACCCUCUCAUCAGAACAAACUGUAACACAAACUACUAGUCAAAACCUCUCGCCUUCAAAUGCAACAAGAAAGACACCACCACGCUCAAAGAGAGGUAAGAUGUGCACGGCCUGUCCCUGUGGGACUGUGUUAGGGACUGCAGAGGCAACUUCAUCACUCCAACAGCAAGAGAGGCUGAACCCACACACUGUUGAGUCACACAAAGAGGCAAGAAGAAACUGCUUAAAUAAAACACCAGUGGAGAGACGUCAAUCUGACACUCAUCAACCAACAAGAGGUCAUGAUCCUGUUAAGAAAGCAGGGAAGAAACGGUCAUCAAGCAGUCCACAGAAUGACAAAUCUCUUUCUAAAAAGUGCAUUAAAGAAACCUCACAUGCCAUCUCUGAGAUGUCAGAACAAGACAUUAGCCAUACGCAAAUAACAUCAAAUGAAACCAGCAUGCGGUCCUAUCCUUGGAAACAGCAGGAUCCCAAAGUAAACGAAUUGUCAACUCAAGAUCUGUACUCUGUGGAAGUUCUUGAUGCUGAGGAGAUAAAACGACGUGAGAGAAUCAAACGCUUGAAGGAUCUUCUUAAGGAGAAGGAGGCUGCGCUGGAAAGGAUGCAACGAAGCAUGGAUUUUUAGUCAUGUCUGAUUCCUUUUAAAAGACUACACCUUGUGAUAACAACAUGAAUAUAACUGGGAAUACCACCAUCAAAUGUAAAAAAAAAUGUAUUUAUUUUGCACAGCAUCUUUGUUCGUUCUUAACUUUUUUCCCUGUUAAUAUGUAUUGCAAAUUUCUGUCAUAUUUUAUUGAAACUUUGUUUUGAUGCACGUUAUGUUAUGCGUCUUAUUUAUAGUUUGCAGUAUAUUUAAGCAAAACCAGAUGCUGUCAUCUGUUUUUGUCAUCUUUGUUAUUUGAUUUUAGGUGCCUUUUAUAAAUACUUUGAUAUGUUUUUUCUGUAGUUUCAUUCAUAAUACUACAGCCUCAUUUUUUAUUAAAAAACUUCAAAUACACAGUGUAAAUAAAAUGCGAAAUUGUUGUAGAGUUAGGAGUUAGUUUCUGCUGUACUUUUAAGCCGAUUACUUACAAAAUACUGUAGCAGCCCAGCCUGCUCAGGAGCAUUCCAAAGAUGGCUGCCACGUGAACUGACAUGACUUGAAAGGGAUUUUGGUCAAGGUCACAGCAAUCGGAGAAGAUUACAAACUCUGCACACUCAACUCCCAUUCUCUCAUUGUAUGUAUUUCAUGAUGGAGUGACCAGUGGAGGGAUAAGAGCCUGAUAUGAGGCUGACCAUUUUCAGUUACAUUUGUUAUUUCCUCUCCCUCUGCGUUUUCCUUCCUGUGAAAAAAGAAACAAUACAAUAGAUGUAUAGAAUAGUCACCUUAUUCAUGUAGAGUUUGUUUCUUGAACAGGAGACAGUGAAUAUAGCACCAACCAAGUUCAGACAAUGUGUCAACGUGUGAUUCAAGGUAGCAUAAUACCGUUAUAAUAUCUUAAAAUGGCCUCAAGACAUUAUAAAUUGCAUUAUAAAAUGCUGAACAACUUACCUGCAAAACAUUAAAAGGCAAAUGAUAGAAGUUGAAAAUAUAUGACAAAAAAACAAUUGAUAAAAUUGCAAUCACUGAUGCAUAUUCUAUUAUUUUACAGCCAUUUCAAAUCAGAUUUAUAAAAUUAACCAAUACUGUAUACAGUAUUAGCAGAAUCAUAUGUGAAAACUUAAUAAUAAUAAAUGAAGAUACAACUGUUUCUUACUACCACUGACAAAUAAUAUUUAUUACUGCCAUACAGACUUUUUAGCACAAUCUCACAAACCAAACAGUCCUGAUUGUAUUCUGCAACAAAUUCAAUUAAGAUAAAUCCUGUAUCAAGCUGUGCAAAUUCUGACCUUGUGCAGUGGAAAAUGGUCCCUUAUCAAGCUAAUCAAGCCUCCAAGAGGGAUAAAGGCCAACGGUGGUGCAACAGAGAGAGAGCAUUUACGGGCAGCUGUCUGUCAUAUGUGUGUGUUUGUGUCCUUUUGUUUAGUUCUACAUUAAAAUAUUAUUUAUAUCGUCAAGCCGGUUCUCGCCGCCUCCUUUCCACUAAUACCUUUACAGAUAUAUAUGCAGUAAAAUCAAACAAGGUGCAGCACAAACAAUUUUGAACUUUGUCCAUUUCUUGCAGUUCAAAACUAAUGGAGAAACAGUGACUCAAAACUUUCAGAGAUUGAAGAGUUCAGUCAUAUCAGUAACCUUAUAAAAGCUCUUUUAUUCUACAUGGGGCAGCCAUUUUAUGAUCAAAUGAUCAGCCAAAUACUAGCUUAAUCUCAGUAACCACCCUGUUAUUGGACACUUUCAUACAUGUAUUAUAUCAAUCCUGGUUAACUGUACAUGUGAAUUUCUACAAUGGCAUUGGUAACUGAAAACUACUGUUUGAAUGUGUCAGUGUAAGCCAAUGUUAUAGCCACUUUGACAUUCUUCAAAAACUUACUGAGUGCCCCUUUAAUAAAUGUGAGGACAAUUUAAAUAAAUUAUCCUCUUUUUUAACCAUAUAUGUAUUUUCUAUGUAUUAUGUGGUAUUAACAAUGGGCUGAAAUAGGGCAGAU